UUUUUUUAGCUGAGAAAUAUUGGAGCAGAAUCUGACAGAAUGUAUUUUAAUUUUGCAUUUGGCAGGUAGGCUUUGUCGUAACAGUCGGGGGCAAAAGUGUUAUCAUUAAAGAACAUCGUUUCCUUUCAUCUAGCCUACUGUAUGAGGGGGGAAAAGAAGUCGCUGUUGCUAUGAUUGUCCCAAUGACUGAAGAUUUUCUUACAUAAACACUUGAAACUAAAAGGUUGCUUUGCAAUUGGCUAGACCUCGUGUCAGUCAGCCUGUGUAUUGCAUCAUGUCUUCACAGUGGGCCCUCUCAUUGGUUGAGUUGUCAGAUGUCCCUACAAGGAAAAACGAUUUCGCAAUACUUCUCAAGCGGCUCCCAAUGAACUAGCUAAACAAUAACAGACUUCAGCGAACUAGCUACUUCUAUUGACAACAGAUCUGGAUUUUGGUGUACCUCGGCCACUCUAUGGACGAUUGAGAAGACCUAAACAUUCUGAAGGUUGUGUGCAGCUGGAGUGUAGUGGAGUUCCCAAACCACACCCACCCCCCUGGACUUCCUGUCCGCAGUGCUGACCUGGUGAACCUGACCGCAGUGACCGCUGCAGCGCUGUCCCCAGCAGAGGGCGUCAGAGAGCCAGAGCGCACGUCAGAGAGCACGUGAGAGCCAGAGUGCACGUGAGAGCGCACGUGAGAGGCACGGUUGGUCGGAGCCCUUUUAGAUGAGCAUGCCGUCACAGCAGAAGCCAAUGACGGACCAGAACGGCGUCAGCGUCAUCCAGAGCCAAACGCUCGGCAGCGCCACCAUUCCCACCGGAGGGGGACUGCAGCAGGUGCCCCAGCUGGUCCCGGUGAGCUCUGGCGGCGGGGGCAAGGCGGCCCCCCCCAGCCGUCUGAAGAAGGGUGCGUCGGCGGACAAGGAGAGCGACGAGUACCGUCAGCGGCGCGAGCGCAACAACCUGGCGGUGAAGAAGAGCCGCAUGCGCAGCAAGCAGAAGGCGGCCGACACGCAGCUGCGCGUCAACGAGCUGAAGGAGGAGAACGAGCGGCUGGAGGCCAAGAUCAAGCUGCUGAGCAAGGAGCUGAGCGUGCUCAAGGACCUCUUCCUGGAGCACGCGCACAACCUGGCCGACAACGCCCCCCCCAGCGCCGCCGUCUCCGCCGCCGGGCCCCCCACCGAGCCCUGCCAACCCGCACACAACAACAACAACAAUAACAACAACAUCAACAACAACAACAACAAGAGCGGCGGCGGGCCGGGACAGUGAUGACCGGGACUCUCCUAUUCCUUUUCCUCUUCCUCUCCUCACGCGGAGGGGCACCACACUGCAUGCUCUUCCUCUUCCUCUUCCUCUCCUUCUUUUUCCUCCUCUUCAUCCCGUCUUUUUGUUGGCUGCCCUCUCCUCUCCUGUUCAGUUCUGUUCAGUUCUGUUCAUCACGUGUGCUCCGUGUACAGUCAGGUUGGCCUCUUAUUUGCUUCCCUAAUGCAGGAGGGGAGAAUUGACCUCUAAUGCUCUUCAUCCUCUGUGUGUGUGUGUGUGUGUGUGUGUGAGAUGAGGUCAUGAGGUCACAGCACAGGUUGUUUGGCCUCUGAUGACUUCUGACGUUUCAGCUCAGCAAUGAUGAUACACUCAGAUCUAUCAGAGCCCCUAGUGCACACACACACACACACACACACACACACACACACCAUGAAAUGCUUGGGGUUGUUUUAAAGACUCUUCUGAUGUCACUGCAAGAGGGGGAAUGGAUGGGAUUUGUCUGAAUAGGGUUUGUUGGAACACACACACACGCACACACACACACGCUCACACACACACAGGUGUGUUUUAUAUUUUUCCUUGUGUUGUUUCUGAAUGGAAUCUUGACCUCAGGCUGUCCUCAGCCUCACCACACGGCCUUGUCUGCACAGUUCCCACGAGGUCCCAACCCCCCCCCCCCCCCCCCCCCCCCCCCCCACCUCUGCCCACCUCUGCCACCCUCACUGGUCCCCCGCCGUGCUGCGCCCGCUGGACUCCCUCGCUGGCAGGAGCCUGUGCCACCCUGCGCCACCCGGUGCCGCUCUGCCCGAAUGUUGCACUACACGAUUUUGGGGGACGGAGACAUUCGGACAUUCGGCUUCCUGGCGUACUGAACGACUUCAGCUGAAAUUUUAUUUGGCUCGAUUGUAAAGAAGAGAAGAAACAAACGGAAAAAAAAACAACAAAAAAAAGACUUUGAAAUGUUGGAGAGUAAAGGGGGGUAAAAGAGACACAAAGAAACGAAAACGGCUCCACUAAUUUCCAGGUGAAUGUUGGAUGAAUAUUUGAUUGACGUUUUGCUGAGUUGUCGAUGUUGCUGUGCAGCAUUUCUUCUUGUGACUAGGGUCUCCUAGCUUUUUAUAAGAGUUUUAUGGGGGGAUUGUGAAUUGUAAAUUAAAAUUGAAUACAAACCUCAUGUUCAAGCA